AGGGGAAAAGGACCCCUACUCUCUCCACAGGGGCCAGGGAGUCCCAACUCCGCCUCCACGGCUCCACGCUUGACCUCACCUCCAUCCGUAAGCGUCGCCGUCGCAGUCGCCGGGGAGCGCCAUGCGGCCUUCCUCCCGCAUACUCGCUGCGAGGCACCUGCUACGCAGCUCCCGCUUCCAACCCUCCACGGCGGCCGCCGCCUCCUCUGUUUUCCGGCGGCUCGACGGAACCAAUGGGCCGCCAGUGCCGAAGCCUCUCCGUAAUCCCCACCUCGGAGAACCCGGACCAAACUGUAGGGUUUUUCCUGGGAGCAGCGCCCCCUUUGCCCACGUCAACUGCUUGCUGCCGGACUCCACCUACCCGCCGCACUGCGCGCGGCCCCUCCGCGACUUGAGAGGGCAUGCAUUCUCCACAGCUGCCAAUUCAGUGACUGUUGGGAAGCCGGCUGAUGAUAACGUGCAUAAAGAUGCCCCAAAAAAGGACAUUGAUGAUCAGAUAGCAGACGCGCAGAUUCUUCGAAACCUUUGGAAGUACUUAAUGCUGAAUGAUAGCCCUGAUUUCCGCUUCAGGCUUGUGCUGUCAUUGGGCCUCUUAGUUGGUGCAAAGGUUAUAAAUGUUCAAGUGCCUUUCUUGUUUAAGCUUGCUAUCGAUUGGCUUGCAGCCCUUGGUGGCGUUGAAGCCUCGCUGUCAUCAUUUACAGAUGCUAAUGCAACCAUGCUGGCUCUCUUUGCAAGUCCAGCAGCAGUUCUGAUUGGUUAUGGUAUUGCACGGUCAGGAGUAUCAGCUUGUACAGAAUUGCGCAAUGCUUUAUUUUCUAAAGUGACUGCGAGAGCCAUCCGUUCAGUCUCCAGGACGGUAUUUUUUCACCUGCAUGAGCUUGAUCUUCGUUAUCAUCUAAGCCGUCAAACUGGAGCUCUAAAUCGCAUAAUUGACCGAGGCAGUCGUGCCAUAAAUUACAUUCUUACAGUGAUGGUGUUCAAUGUUGUUCCCACAAUACUAGAGAUUGGUAUGGUGUCAAGUAUACUUGCCUACCAGUUUGGUUCCACUUUUGCUUGGAUUACUUCAGUUUCAGUUGCUACCUACAUUGCUUUCACUUUGGCUAUCACACAGUGGCGGACUCAGUUCAGGACAGCCAUGAACAAAGCUGAUAAUGCUUCUAGUACAGUGGCAGUUGACUCCCUUCUGAAUUAUGAGACUGUCAAAUACUUCAACAAUGAGCAAUUUGAAGUUCAGAAGUAUGAUAAAUACUUAAAGAGUUACGAGGAUGCUGCACUGAAAACUCAAAGUAGCCUCGCCUACCUGAAUUUUGGGCAAAGUGUUAUAUUCAGCUCGGCAUUAUCAACGGCAAUGGUUUUGAGCUCAUAUGGUAUAAUGAGUGGUGCUCUGACUGUCGGUGAUUUGGUCAUGGUUAAUGGACUUCUAUUCCAGCUUUCACUGCCGCUGAACUUCCUUGGGAGUGUCUACCGAGAAUCUAGACAGAGCCUCAUUGACAUGAAGUCUAUGUUUCAGUUACUUGAGGAAAAACCUGGAAUAAAGGACGAGCCUCAUGCACAACCUUUGCAGUUCAAGGGAGGAUGCAUUGAAUUUGAGAACGUGCAUUUUGGGUAUGUACCAGAAAGGAAGAUUCUUGAUGGGGCCUCUUUCACUGUACCGGCAGGAAACAGUGUGGCAAUUGUUGGAACUAGUGGCAGCGGAAAGUCAACCAUACUUAGACUUCUCUUCAGAUUUUUUGAGUCUACUUCAGGAUCUAUACGAAUAGAUGGACAAGACAUCCGAGGAGUCACACUGGAGAGUCUUCGGAAGUCUCUUGGUGUUGUACCACAGGACACGGUACUUUUCAAUGAUACUAUUAAGCAUAAUAUACAAUAUGGGCGGUUAUCAGCAACUGAUGAAGAGGUUUAUGAUGCUGCUCGACGUGCUUCUAUCCAUGAUACAAUUAUGAACUUUCCUGACAAGUAUGACACAGUUGUGGGAGAGCGUGGAUUGAAGUUAAGUGGUGGUGAGAAACAACGAGUGUCAAUUGCUCGUGUAUUCUUGAAGGAGCCUUCCAUUCUAUUAUGUGAUGAAGCUACAAGCGCACUCGAUAGCACUACUGAAGCAUCGAUUUUGAAUUCUCUGAUGUCCUUGUCGGUCGAUCGUACCUCAAUUUUUAUUGCUCAUCGGCUCACGACUGCAAUGCAAUGCGACGAGAUCAUCGUCCUGGAGAAUGGAACAGUAGUGGAACAAGGACCACAUGAUUUUCUUCUGUCAAAGGGCGGGCGGUAUGCUGAACUGUGGUCACAGCAGAACAACAGUGAAGCCAGUGAUGCUUCUGAUGUUAGCUUAGAAGUUUGAUAGACUCGAUACAGGUUCCCCUUUGCAAGGGAAAAUUACACAUCCAUCUCUCACAGAAAGCAGGUUUCUCCUUAGCCUUGUAAAUGUGGUGCUUAAGAUUUCAUACUGGGGGAACAUAAAUAUACAGUUGCGGGAAAGAUUCUCCAUUUAAGGGAGAGCCGAGAGGCAAAAAAGUUUCUUCAGAACCAUUCGACGAUCCUAGCAUAUGUCCAUGUCAACGUAACAUUUUUUUUGUUACAUGGAAUAAGUAAAUACUCCCUCCAUCCCAAAA